GGAUGAAAUUUCAAAAUAGUCCACUAAGCGGAAAUAAAUUAGAUUGGGCGAUUGCUUUACCCUUGUAAGGCUGUGUAUAUAAGCUAUUCCAAUGGUCUCAGUCCCAUUCAUCAUUGAAAUUCCUCCUCAUUUACAUACAGAUCGAAGAGAAAAAGGAGAAGAGACAGAAUCCGAUCGCCGGUCGGUGAAGAAGAUCAAAAUGGAGAAGGAGACUGAUUUGGUGAGGCUGUGUUUAGAAGCAGCUUGCAAAAGCAAAGAGAGCGUAGAGAAAUGGCCGAGCCAAGGAGAACUCUCGAACGCUUGCCUUCUCACCUUGCGCAAUCUCUCCUUCAGCGCCUCCUCCAUCGCCGCCUCCUCUUUCCUUCCUUGCUCGAGGAUGACCAAUUUAAAGGAAGUGGACCUUUCUAGAUGCAUGAAGGUUACUGAUGCUGGUGUUAGUCAUCUUGUAUCCAUUUCGACUUUGGAAAAGCUUUGGAUUUGAGAAACUGGACUGACUGCAGAUGGUGUUGCACUUCUCUCUUCACUUAAGAACUUGUCCACACUAGACUUGGGUGGUUUACCAGUCACUGAUAAGGCGUUGAAUUCUCUCCAGGUACUAGACUUUGCAGCAAUAUGUUCGUUUUUCAGUAGCUUUUGUAUUGGUUAUGUUCCUCUUUUUGCUGACCAUGACCACCAUAUGCUUGCUUGAUCUAGCUCUGGAUUAGAAUAUCCUCUUCUAAAUUUUGUUAUUGUUUGUGACAAUCCAUAUACCUUAGUUAUUAUGGAAUCUUAUGCGUGAAUUAGCUGAUCAUUUAUUCAUUUGUAGAACUUAUAGUGAAAUCUUAGGUGAUCUGUAUUCCUUAUGUAUUAACAUUAUAAACACUUUGUUAGAUAAGGUCUUAGUUAUUGUUUCCUUUUUUGAUCAGCCAAAAGGAGCUCUUAGUUAUUGUUUCAUUUGGUUCCCACCUUAACAGCAGAUGAAAUUAUUUGUAAAAUACUAAAAACUAGAUGAUCUUGGUUAUCUGUCCUUACAGUUGAAUGUGCUUGUCAAUUUCUGCUUUGGGUCAAUUGUCUUACAUUUCAAAAGAUUGCUCCCUCAGAUUAUGGCCAAGAUGUAUAUUAGACCAGAAGUUUUUCCACAUUCAAAUGAUUUAUUAUUGGAAAUGUUGUCCUAGUUACUUGCAAAGCUUGAGUACCUUGACCUUUGGGGGAGUAAAAUUUCUAACAGUGGAGCUGCAGUUCUUCAAAGAUUUCCCAAAUUGAGCUUUGUCAAUCUAGCAUGGGCCAGUGUUACGAACUUGCCAAAUCUAUCAUCUAUUCAAUGCUUAAACAUGACUUACUGUACCAUAAACUCCAUCCUUCAUG